UAAACGAGAGUCACUAGCUCUAGUCUCGCGAUAUUUCCCCAGUGGGUCGCGGAGCAGUAUGGCAGCCGUCGCGCUGAGGUCCUGCCGCAGAGGACUUUCACAGAUUUUAAGUAAUGGAGGCCCUGCUGCUUUGUCUUCACAGCGUCUCGAAGGAGCCCGGAGACACAAGUCCACAGUCCAGUAUGCCUCCCGACCAGACCUUCCCAAGCUAGCCUACAGGAGGGUGAAGGGGAAGAGCCCCGGGGUGCUCUUCCUCCCGGGAUAUGCAUCCAACAUGAAUGGGCAGAAAGCCGAGGCACUGGAAGAGUUCUGUAGGUCACUAGGCCACUCAUACCUUAGGUUUGACUACACAGGACAUGGGGCCUCGGAGGGGGUGCUAUCAGAAGGAACCAUCGGUACCUGGAAAAAAGACGUCCUCUACGUGUUGGAUGAGUUAGUAGAGGGGCCACAGAUAAUGGUGGGCUCCAGUUUAGGGGGUUGGUUGAUGCUGCUGGCAGCCAUUGCAAGACCGGAGAAGACUGCCGCUCUGGUGGGCAUCUCCACUGCCGCCGACCACAUCGUCACUGUGUACAACUCUCUUUCUCUGGAGGCACGCAAGGUGUUUGAGGAGAAGGGGGCGUGGACUCUGCCCACCAAGCACCCGGAGGAGGGUUUGUACGACUUUAACAUGGACUUUCUGAAAGAGGCAGAAAAUCACUGUGUUCUCCAGAGUCCCAUCCCCAUCACCUGUCCUGUGCGGCUCAUCCACGGGCUGAAGGACGAGGACGUACCCUGGCACAUCUCCAUGCAGGUGGCCGAACGCAUCCUCAGCGCCGAUGUCGAUGUCAUCCUGCGGCGACAAGGCCAGCACCGCAUGUCCGAGAGGGACGACAUCAAGCUCAUGGUCUACACCAUCGAUGACCUCAUAGACAAGCUGACCACCAUGGUCUGAGGAAGGGUGGGGGGGGGGUGAGCUUGAGAGGUUGCUCAGAUGAGGAAAGAAGGACUGAAUACUAAUCAACCCUCGAGUAAUUUACCAAAAAAUGGCAUGUUUUUCCCGCCAAAUAUGACCUUUUAUCCCUCUUCCCGUACUUCAUGUGUCAUUUCAACAUGCCGUUAUUAUCAGCAGCCUCCCUGUAAGCGGUUCCCUUAUAUCUUCAGGUUGCAUAUGUAUGUGUUCCAGGUUAUUAUAUGGAGUGUUGUGUUGGCCUUGGUUAGAGGCAUCAGUUGCUGCGGCCCGAUGCGCCGAUCUUACUGUUUGACUGUUUCCCCCCCCCCUCUUGACUUAGAUUCAUAGUUGUCCUGUGCCUUUUUUAUUCACUUUCCACCCGAUGGCCAAUAAAACCACUGCACACAAGCAGGUCUCAGUCUGUUACCACAACCAACACAUCAUAAUCAGCUGGCAAACAACUGCUGUUGAUAUUGAAAUGCAAUGAUAUUAUAUUAUAGUAACGUUUUUUUCACUGAGAUGUGGAUUCCAGAAACCUUUAAGUAAUGUACUCUAAAAAGUGUCAAACUCAGACCUCAAAACAUCAUGAUUAAUAAACAUA